AUGGAUGUCAGCCCUCGGGAAGAACUCAUCAGCUUCAGCCGGAGCGGGGGUGGAGGGUUGGGGGGGUGGGGGGAAGGAACAGAGCGAAGAGGAGCUCUGGAAGAAGUUCUAGAACGUCUGCCGAACCCUGCGACGAAUCCGGGAGAGAGAAGAUGCUGGAAGGGGGAGAGGGUGGGCUUCUGUUCGGAUUCUGGCUCUGGUUCCCCAGAGCCAGAAUCUGGGAGCUCUGGGGAAAGUACAUUUCUGCCUUUGUUCAGGGAUCCAAGUAAAGCACCUCGAUGCGUCUCGACCCCUAAAGAACCCAGCGCUCCCCGACCCCCAACCAAAAAAAGACCUCCGGGGCAGGCGGCGUCGCUCGCGGCUCUGCGGGCUCGGCCGGCUGGGCCGGGGACGGCGUGUUGCCGCCACCUACUGGCGACCCGCCCCAGCGCCGCGGGGCCGGGCCACACCUUGAUUUUCGUCCCAAACCCGAGUUACCGAGUUACCGUCCGGGCAACCCCGCCCUUGAAGACGUUCUGGUCGCCAAAACACUCCUCUUUUGUCAGAAGCAGAGACACAGCUGCAGCUUCUGUCCGCAUCGGGGGACAUCGCCCAGGGGCCCGGCCAGCUGCGGUCUGGGGGCGUGGGCCGGCCCCGGCAACGCGCCCCGGGCUGGCCCGAGCCUUUGCAGAUGUUGCCAGAUCCACCCCCUCCUUGGACGGGAAGGAGGACAAGGGGAAAUGAGAGAGAGAGAGAGAGAGAGAGAGAGAAGGGUUACUCUCCUUAGGAGCGUUUGCGAAAACAAGAUUCAUGCUCCUCGUUUGCCCUCGGCAGUCGCUGGUCCUCAGAUUCGGCCAGAGAAGCUUACAGCCCCGCUCUGCCGCCCGAGCCUCAUUGGGCAUCAAGUACCACAAAGAAAACCGACAACCCUAUAUAGCUUUUGCGUCAGGCACGAGUCCUCACACGAGCCCUCUGAGGUCUUUAGAUCCCAAUUAAGAAGUGUCGUAGUCAGUCAACAAAUCACCUCCGUGUACACGUUAAGUAUCUGGCAAUUUUAAUAUGUCCAGUAUUCCUCAACAACACUGACUUAAAAAAAAAAAAAAAAGUUGUGUCAUCGGGAUUUGAACCCGGAACCCAUGCUCUACCACUGUAUACUCCUAUCUCUGUAGAAGCCACCAGCUGGAGGGAGAGGGGUUUUCCCGGAGUCAGCAGUUCCUCAGAGGCAAAGUUGGUUUGAGAUUUUGUCUAAUAGGUGCUCCUGUCCCUCCCUUCCUCCCUCUUCUCUUUUUUCUUUUCUUCUC